AGUCUUUGAACACAAGUAGGCCUACAAACAUCCUCCAGGACGCACAGACGGAGGACGUGCGUAACAGUAACCGAGCUGCUUUAUGUCUACUGUGAACAACAGCGUUGAAUUCCGUUAGCGUGUCCAGAAGAAAAGUUGUGACUUUCCUUCGUUUUCUAGGUGCUUUUCAGCAGGUAAACUACAGCGGGGUUUUUAUUUGCUGUUGCAAUCCGGAGGCGUGUUACCUUAUGAUGCUCGGAUAUCUCAGAAGUGUAUGCUCCCCGCGUUGGAUGCAUAAUGCAAGGAUUUGUGUUGGAUUAAACAAGGACGCUGUGUAAAGGAAAACCCGAACUCCCCAGUGUGACCAGUGACGCUUGUUUGAAUCCUCUAAAGUGCGGAAUGGGGCCGACAUCUACACUGCUUAUUGUUGCUUUUCUGGGCUGGGCUGAAGGUGGUUCAUCUCUUCACUACUCAGAUGGUCAAUCCAGCCGUCUCACUCUGGAGAAAACCUUUGGCCGGUCAGUCAAAGACUCCCAAUGCCAACACAUGUUGAAGCACCUUCACAAUGGCGCCCGAAUCGCUGUGCAGAUGCCUCCCGACGUAGAGGGUCACUGGGUGUCCACAAGCUGUGAGGUGAGACCUGGCCCGGAGUUUCUGACACGCUCCUACAGUUUCCACUCCAACAACAGCUUUGAAGCUCACCAGUUCUACUAUGAGGACAACCACUGCACCAAACCCACCUACACUCUGGUGAUCCGGGGUCGUCUGCGCCUACGUCAGGCCUCCUGGAUCAUUCGCGGCGGUACAGAGGCAGAGUACCACCUCCAACGGGUCCAGAUGGUUUGUCACACCGUUACUGUGGCUAAAGAGCUCAGCCAGAGGCUCAACCGCAGCUGCAGAGGGGCCGUUAAGGGCCCCUGGGAGCCCGGUGUGAUCUACUCGCUGUGGAACGAGGAGGGUGGCUACGACUGCUCCAGGGAGCUUAACUUUGCCAUGCAUGAGCUGCAGCUGCUGAGGGUGGAGAAGCAGUACCUGCAUCACAACCUGGAUCACCUGGUUGAGGAGCUGUUUUUAGGAGACAUUCACACGGAGCCAUCCCAGAGGCUAUAUUACAAGCCGUCCAGCUACCAAACCGCCCUGCAAAACGCCAAGAACCAUGACAACGGCUGCAUCGCCUGUCGUAUCAUCUACCGAUCAGAUGAGUUCCACCCUCCCAUCCUGCCGCCACGGGCCGACCUGACUGUCGGCCUGUACGGUCAGUGGGUGAGUCAACGCUGCGAAGUUCGUCCUGAGGUCCUCUUCCUCACUCGUCACUUCACCUUCCAUGACAACAACCACACCUGGGAGGGCAACUACUACCACUACUCUGACCCCGUCUGCAAACACCCCACCUUCACCAUCUACGCCCGCGGUCGCUACAGCAGAGGGCUACACUCCACCCGUGUCAUGGGUGGGACAGACUUUGUCUUCAAAGUGAACCACAUGAGAGUAAUUCCCAUGGACUUUGCCACCACCUCCCUACUCAACGUCUUCAAUGGUAAUGAGUGUGGAGUGCAGGGGUCCUGGCAAGUCGGGGUGGAGCAGGACGUCACUUUAACCGACGGCUGCGUGGCAUUGGGCAUCCGUCUCCCCCACACGGAGUAUGAGCUUUUCCGCAUGGAGCAGGACGCUCACGGCCGCUACCUACUGUACAACGGCCAGCGUCCCAGCGACGGCUCCAGCCCAGACCGGCCGGAGAAGCGGGCCACCUCCUACCAGAUGCCCCUGGUGCAGUGCUCUGCAAGCAGCCAGCCGUCAGAGUACAGCAGAAGGGAUGACAUCGACAGGCAUUUACUGCACCACAACGACUGCCCAGGAUGGCACAGAGACAGACAGCAACACACCACAGUGGCUCUCAUCGCAUUUCUAACGUCUCUGCUUCUCAGAUGGCAAAGCUAGAGAGCAGUUUGGGUUUCUUCUUUGUUUUGUUUUUACAAAAAGACAAGUGUGGAUUAAAAGAACAGACAGCAAAAUAAACUUUCUACUUCUCUUAUGUGAAAGAGGAUGAAAACUGGUGUCCCUGAUCCUCUGAACUCUCACCGAGCUCCCUAAGACUCAACACUGCUGCACCACAGAAACUUUAGCACUUUAGAGCGGAACCAAAGACCAACCUGUCUGUGUUUUCACAAGUAUACAAAGAUGUCUAUAUAUAUCCACACAGACCUAAGAGUAUGUUUUAUACAGUGUAUUUACAAUAAGUACCUAUACCUAUCAAGUAAUCUUCAUCUGCAGAAAGACACAUUAAGCUCCCUGUCUCAAGAAGAUGCACUUGUGGAUAGUGUCUGUUUGCAGUAAAAGGGAAUGACACUACUUAUAUUAUUGCAGUUUCUUUAUGUGUUAAAAAUCAGUUGCUGACAGUAGGAGAAACUUAUACCAAGAGGAUACACAUGUUACAAUAAAGUAAAUUUCAUGCAUUCUAAAGAGACAUUUUUAUUUGCUCACUCGUCAUGGAAACUCCAUUUCCAUUGGGGCUGUUUGAAAUUAUAAUCAUACUCUGAUUGUGAAACUGCACUUGGAAAUUUUGUCUCAAUAAGUGAAUAUUUCAGAAACACUGUAAAAUUUGAAACAAGACAAUAUGGCUAAAUGCAAUUGAAUUUGUUGUAAUAUGAAAAUUAAAUUAUUGCAUUGAAUGGUGUUCCAUUGUUGUGCUUACAUGCACAAAUGCCUUACGUUGUUUGGGAUUAAACAGCGGAGUUUUGCAAAAAUUACUACAGUAUGAUAUUGCAAUAUGAUUCCAAUACCUAUACUGUAAAUGAAAAUAUUAAAUUGUUGCCCAGUCAAUUUAUA